UGGCACAGAAGCGGCGUCGUUUUUUCUGUGUUCCAGUCGCGUUCUUGAUGUUGUUCGGUACUUGGACAUCGUCGCCUUUGACGGGGGCAACACGUCUCAUUGCCGGACUCCUCUAGUGGGCAAUGCGGGGGGUUCACCAUGACAUCGUCCUCGUCGUCGUUCCUCCAGCUCGCUGGCGAUGACUUGGAGGCGGCGGGGUCGUGGCUGGAGUCCCAUCCUGGCCUGCUGGAGACCUGGCUACGAGAACAUGCGUCUCCCGAACUUCGUCAAAGAGUUCAGCAGGCCGUAUUGCCCACCGGGUCCAGUUCCACUUCCCCCACCUCGUCGACGACGUUUCCCAAUAGAAAUAACAUUACCGCUGAUCUUUUCCAGCUUUGGCUGGCCAGCGCACCCACCAAAAAUGAAUUACAGCCCCAAAAUGUCCGUCCGACGAAAAGAGACUUGGAAAGCAUGGACGAAUCGGAGCUAUUCAUGGAGCUCAUCCGCGAUGUGGCGAACGAGCUGGAUAUCGACGUCCUGUGCCACAAGAUCCUAGUCAACGUGUGCCUACUGACUCACGCCGACAGGGGUUCGCUUUUCCUUGUGCGCGGCCCACCUAACGACCGGUAUCUCGUCGCCAAGCUGUUCGACGUACGUCACGAUACUCCUUUCGAGGAAGCCGUCAAAUUAGCCAGACACGAGGAUAUUCGGAUCCCAUUCGGGGUUGGCAUCGCCGGUCUCGCCGCCAAAAAUAAAACGCUCGUUAACAUCAAGGAUGCCUACAACGACCCAAGAUUUAACAGCGAGAUAGAUCUGAAAACAGGAUACAAAACAAAUUUAAUAUUGUGCAUGCCAAUUUGCAAUUAUGAAGGUCAAGUCAUCGGAGUUGCCCAGAUAAUCAACAAAGUUGACGAAACUUUAGAAUUCUCACCACGAGAUGUGGAAGUAUUUCAGCGAUAUCUCACAUUUUGUGGAAUCGGCAUUCAAAAUGCUCAGCUAUUUGAAGUUUCAGUCAUGGAAUACAGAAGGAAUCAGAUACUUCUUAAUCUUGCUAGAAGCAUAUUCGAGGAACAAAAUAAUUUGGAAUGUUUGGUUACGAAGAUAAUGAGAGAAGCGCAAGAUCUUUUGAAAUGUGAUCGAUGUGCGGUGUACCUACUAGAUCUAGACUGCUGUGAAUCGAAUCAUUUAGAAAACAUCUUGGAGCGUCCCGGAAAAACUAAAUUAACCCAAGCGUCUAUUCAAGAGAAACAAACUUCUAACGAAACUUCAAACACAAUAAUGGUAGACCAAGGCAAGCGAAAGACUACAGGAAAUUGCAGAUUUACUACUGUAUUCGAAUUACGAGCUGGUGGCGCACAAACCCUCAUGUCAAGACCGUCGUCCUUCGACCUGCAAACAUCCACAUUAGGUCAAAUAGCGGCAUACAGUGCCACAACUGGUCAAAUAUUAAACAUAGUGGAUGUCCAAGCGUGGCUAAAAGAAAAAUAUGAUAUGACAGAUGCAGAUUUCGCCGAAACGUUGCUUUGCAUGCCGAUCGUGAACGGUCAGAAGAAUAUUAUUGGGGUGGCACAAAUGAUUAAUAAAGCUAAUGGAUUGCCUUUCUCCGACUGUGAUGUGUCAUUAUUUGAAGCGUUCGCUAUUUUUUGCGGCCUCGGUAUCCAUAAUACCCAAAUGUACGAGAAUGCUUGCAAAUUGAUGGCAAAGCAGAAGGUAGCUCUUGAAUGCCUUUCUUAUCACGCCACUGCAAGCAAUGACGCUGUCGAACAACUUCUAAAGGAAGAGAUACCAUCUGCGGAAACGUUCAACUUACAAAACUUCACAUUCAUAGAUUUCGAGCUUUCUGACCUGGAAACAUGUAAGGCGACUAUCAGGAUGUUUCUUGACUGCAAUCUCGUGCAGCAAUUUCAUAUCCCAUACGAAGUCCUUUGUCGUUGGGUUUUGUCAGUAAAAAAAAACUAUCGGCCUGUCAAAUAUCACAACUGGAGACAUGCCCUCAACGUGGCACAAACAAUGUUUGCGAUGUUCAAGACUGGAAAAAUGGACCGUUUCAUGAGUGACUUAGAUGUUUUGGGUCUCUUAGUGGCCUGCCUCUGUCACGAUUUGGAUCAUCGUGGUACAAAUAAUGCCUUUCAAACAAAAACCGACUCGCCACUGGCUGUUUUGUAUUCUACAAGCACCAUGGAACAUCAUCAUUUCGACCAAUGCGUUAUGAUACUCAACACUGAUAGCAACAAUAUUUUUCAAGAGUUAUCGCCUGAAGAUUACAAAAAAGUGAUGCAUCUAGUAGAAACAGCCAUUCUAUCUACCGAUCUAGCGAUGUAUUUCAAGAAGAGGAAUAAGUUCCUUGAACUCGUGGAAAACGGAGAAUUCGAUUGGCAAAGUGAUGACAAAAAAGAACUUUUAUCCAGCAUGCUAAUGACUGCUUGUGAUGUAAGUGCUAUUUCUAAACCCUGGGAAGUUCAACAUCGAGUGGCAAAACUUGUUGCAGAUGAAUUUUUUGACCAAGGCGAUCUUGAAAAGAUGCAACUUAAUCAGCAACCGGUGGCAAUGAUGGACAGAGAGAGGAAGGAUGAACUUCCUCAAAUGCAGGUAGGUUUCAUUGAUGUAAUAUGCCUACCUUUGUACAAAGUAUUAUCGGACACAUUCCCGUGGAUUAAUCCCUUGUAUCAAGGGACUCUGGAAAACAGAAAACACUGGCAGGAUUUGGCCGAAAAGGUCGAAAUGGGUCUCACAUGGAUAGACCAUGAUACCAUCGACAAACCUGUGGAAGCUCUAAAAGACCCAGAAUUAUCAAAAGACAUUGAACUAACCGUUCAUACCCUCCAUACUACCCCUGUUUGUCAACCAGUUUCUCCAGUAGAACAUAAACAUAAAAGAAAACACAAAAUCUGUUGCAUAUUGUGACACAUGUCAAAAUAAAUAUUAAAUAGNAUA